AUAAAAGUAUAAUAGCCAAAGCAAACAAGCUAGAUUCCCUUAGAUUUAGUACACAAUGCGUCCAUAUGUUUCUUUAUGAUCAAAAUGUGCAUAAGAUCAGAAAGAUAGUAUCCUACAAAUGGUCCAUUGUGCCUGUCUUAAAUUAUUCCAAGUCCGAUUGCCUUUUUCAUUAAUGACGGUGAAGCCAUUGUAUUGACCUUUUACAUAGACUAUGCAAAAUUGCCGUUGUGGUAGUUCACCUUCUUGUCAUGAAGUGAAAAAACCAGGUCCUAAUAGGGGCAAAUGGUACUGGAAAUGUCCUACAGGUACAUGCCGUUAUUUUAAAUGGGACGAUUCUGCACUACCUUUUAUUCAACAUCCUAGAGAGGCUUAUGAAGCAGCAGCACCUCUAAGUAACAUUAUACGCCGCCCCCUCUCUCUUCCAUUUGGUUAUCUCAGAAACAAAUCUCAAGGUCUUAGUCGUACCACGGUCAAGAUAGUCUUUAAUCUUGUUUCUCCAACACGUAUUGGUAUCAGGGUACAAAAGAACAUGACAAUUGAACCGAUUAUUGCCAGUAUCAAAGAUAUUGUUUGGGACGAGCAGUUGGAUCAAUGGACUAUUCCAGCCACGCUUUCAAAUUAUAAGGAAGCCAUGCAAGCAUUACCUACCGGCUUUCCAAAUAUCUUACUGGAAAUUGACGGUAUUCCAGACACAAUCCUACAGAGCUUGUUUAGUCCAGAGCAACCGAUAGAUGAUCCUAACGAGAUGACUGAGGUUGAAUCACGCUAUCUGGAUUUUGUUGAGUCACCCAUGCAUCGUCAAAUCAACCAGUUUCAAAGAGAUGCUGUUCGAAAAGGAAUUGAACGACAUGGACGUAUUUUGUAUGGUAAUGAAAAUGGAUUAGGUACCAGUAAACAAACCCUAGCGCUUGCUUCUGUGUAUCAGGAUGAAUGGCCUGUUCUUUUGACAUGUCCUAGUGUAUUAUGUGAUACUUGGAAGGAACAUGUCCAGGAAUUUUUUGGUUUGGAUGAUGGACAAGUGUGUGUAUUGGAUUAUGUAUCGAGCGGAUUGUUCAAGACGAAAAGUGCUGUUCAUAGCAACAAGAGACGAAAAGUGGUUAGAGUCAAAUCAGAGCCUGUAUUAGAGACAAUAUCAUCAUUCAGAUCAACACCAUCGCCCUCUAAACCCAAUGCCAGAUUUCGAAAAUCUUACAAGCAGAAAAUGAAGGAAAGGAUAGAAAAUGACUACUUUAGUGAUAGUGAUAGUGAAGCAGAAGAACCUGAGGAAAUGGGCGUUGAAUAUGAACCAAGAAAAAACGUCAAAUUCUAUAUUGCCAGCCAUAAGAAAAUAUCCAACAACAAGUCCAAGAUUUAUGAACAGCAUUUCAAGGUCAUGAUUUGUGAUGGAAGCAAUUAUUUGAAAUUCAAGGAUGUAAGCAAAUGCAGUCCAUAGACAUAGAUGCUGAUAUACAGACACUAUAGCAAGACCAAUGUAAAAAUAUCUGUAGAUUAUUAGCAAUGUGCAAAAGAGCCAUCUUACUUUCAGAUACAGCUAUGUAUUCCUUGCCAGUCGAUCUGUAUCCUCAAAUUACUGCUGUUGACAAAAAAUGGUUUCCUGAAAUGGAUACAUAUAUUCAGCGUUAUUGUAAUCCUAAAAGCACUGUUUUUGGCUGGACUUGGAAUGAUCAAAUAUGGAAGAGCUUCAUCACCUUCUAGCUUCACACAUUUGGCAUUGUCCUAAACUCGUUGAAAUAAAGCCAGAACUUAAU